AUUUUAACGAUCACUGCUUACAACGAUUUAGAAAAUAAAAUUUCACAUAAAAAAAAUAAAUUUAACGAUUUCUUAAUUACAUCAUUUACUCAUUAAAUAUUUUAGUAUGGAAGUUCGAACUGAAUCGUCGACAAUCGUAACGCAUUCUCCGCUAGCAAUUAAAGUAUCUGAUUUUGGUGAAUUAAGCAGUAACAAAGAUUGUUUAUACUCUAUCUCGACAAAGAUUAGUAAGGCUAAAGACGAAGGUAACAACUAUUUACAAGAUCUAAAUAAACUCACUCCGCCCAUUUUUUCAACUUUAGCCUCAACUCAGUAUGGAUCAGAAUUAGUACCAUACGGUUGUGACUCAGAUUUGUUUUCUGGAUCUAAUUCGCAUUAUCAAAAUCUUCAGCAUCAUUACCCUUCGCAAAUUUCUCCAUACUUUUUUCACUUACCUUCCUAUUCUUUUCCAUGGGUUCGACCGCCUUUGCUUCCUGAGUUUUGGUGGAACUCUGAUCGUUGCGUGUCACAACAAAAUGUUCAGGUUGGACACAUUCAUAAUGCCGUUCCUAGUGCAAAGAAAGAAAAACAAGUAAGUCCUUGCGGAAAGCGAAGGAAACGCACUGCUUACUCAAAGCAGCAACUCUAUAAACUUGAAAGAGAGUUUUGGGUAAACAGAUUUCUUUCCAGAGAAAGACGCAUGGAACUAGCUAGUAUUCUGGACUUAUCUGAACGUCAAGUUAAAAUUUGGUUCCAAAACCGAAGAAUGAAGUAUAAGAAACGUCAGUCAGCAUCUGAACGAGUUUCAAGCGAUUUAUCGGGAAGCAAAUUGCAAACUAAUAUAUCAAAAGAGGAGCGUCAAAGGUAUUUUGAACAUUCAAGUAAAGAACCUUUUCAUCAUUCUCCUGAGAUUAUUAGUAGUUUACGUAACUGUGGCAUGCAAUAUUUAAGUCACGCAAUGCCUUUAAAUGCUUCGUGUUCGUAAAUUCAAACAAAAUUAAAAUUGUGUUUUUGAUUUUUUUCAAGUUUUGAUUUUGUUUUAGUUGCUAUUAGAAUUCUCUUUUUAAUUGAGUUUACAUAAAUCAGGUUAUUAAUUUUGAGCAAGUUUGAUUGUUCAAA